AUGAGGACGGUCCCGACGCCGACGCGCACGGGCACUGGGCAGCUCCCGGUGCAACGAGCAGCGCGGGUCGUGCAUGUCGUGCGGGUGCAGCCGCAGCAGCAGCAGCAGCAAGGCCAGCAGCAAGGCCAGCAGCAGCAGAAGCAGUUGCCAGACAGGGGCUCCGCGGAGGUGCCGGCGGGCAAGCCUGCUCAGGGCGCGGUGCUCCGCUGGCCGCAGUGGCAGAGCACCUUGCCGCGGGCGCUCCAGGGCGUGGCCGCGCCCCAGAUGUUUGUGCCAGAGCCAGUCUGCGAGGUGCGCGGCGCCUACGGCGCGCGCUCGCGCGCGGUCAGCUGCGACGACGCGGGCCGGGCGUCGCGCGCCGCCUCCUGGGGCAGGGCUGGCGCAGGCGGCGGCGGCGUACUGCUGGCGCCCGGCGGCGCCAGCGCGGAGGCCGCCCCCGCGGGCUGCAGCGCGAGCACCGCGGCGGGCGCGGACGCGGCGCCGGCGGCCCUGCCGGCGGUGUGCCGCGUGCACCGCGGCGGGUCGUUCCAGGCGCCCGCUGGGGCGGCGGUGGUGCGCGCCGUGCCUGCCGCGCCGCAGGCGGCGCGCGUGCCCGCGCAGCUGUGGCGCUGCGAGUCCACGCUGACGCGCGCGGAGAGCUGCAGAGGCGACGCGUGA